AUGCCGCACCAUGCCGCUCACCCCUCCCCGGUGCUGUUCCCAGGCGUGGGCUACGGGAUGAUGGUGGUGUCCACGUACAUCGGGAUCUACUACAACGUGGUGAUCUGUAUUGCCUUCUACUACUUCUUUGUGUCCAUGACGCGUGUGCUGCCCUGGACGUACUGCAGCAACGCCUGGAACACGCCCGACUGCAUGGGGGUGGUGGACAGGAACCUCUCCAGCCGCACUGCCCUCAACCUCACCCGCCUCCUCAACGUCACCCAGAAGCGCACCAGCCCCAGCGAGGAGUACUGGAGGAGGUACGUGCUGGACCUGUCGGAUGACAUCGGGAACCUGGUCGGGACCCUGGGUGAGGUGCGGCUGCCCCUCCUGGGCUGCCUCGGCGUCUCCUGGGUCGUCGUCUUCCUCUGCCUCAUCAAGGGCGUCAAGUCCUCGGGGAAGGUGGUGUACUUCACGGCCACCUUCCCCUACGUGGUGCUCACCAUCCUCUUCGUGCGUGGCAUCACACUGGAUGGGGCCCUCACUGGCAUCAUGUACUACCUGACGCCCCAGUGGGACAAGAUCCUUGAUGCCAAGGUGUGGGGUGACGCAGCCUCACAGAUCUUCUAUUCGCUGGGCUGUGCCUGGGGUGGGCUCAUCACCAUGGCCUCCUACAACAAGUUCCACAACAACUGCUACCGGGACAGCAUCAUCAUCAGCAUCACCAACUGCGCCACCAGUGUCUACGCCGGCUUCGUCAUCUUCUCCAUCCUGGGCUUCAUGGCCAAGCACCUGGGUGUGGAUGUCUCCAAGGUGGCCGACCAUGGCCCUGGCCUGGCAUUUGUUGCCUACCCUGAGGCUCUCACCUUGCUCCCCAUCUCGCCUCUCUGGUCCAUUCUCUUCUUCUUCAUGCUCAUCCUCUUGGGUCUGGGCACACAAUUCUGCCUGCUGGAGACGCUCGUCACGGCCAUUGUGGACGAGGUGGGCAAUGAGUGGAUCAUCCGCAGGAAGACCUUUGUGACACUGGGGGUGGCCGUGGUGGGCUUCCUGCUGGGCGUCCCGCUCACCACACAGGGUGGCCAUGACCCGAGGAUCCUGGUGGGUCCGAACACCCAGGGUCUGGAGCUGGCGCUGGCCAGCGGGUACCGCAGCUACUUCAAGGACAUCGAGAUGAUGCUGGGCUUCCCGCCCCCGCUCUUCUUCCAGAUCUGCUGGCGCUUCAUCUCGCCCGCCAUCAUCUUUUUCAUCCUGGUCCUACCGACCUCCUCCAAGGACUCCGUCUCCCCCACCGGGGCCAUCAGCAUCGGCUUCCUCAUGGCACUCUCCUCGGUCAUCUGCAUCCCCAUCUACGCCAUCUACAAAGUGUGCCGCUCUGAGGGGGACACGCUGCUGGAGCGCUUGAAAAAUGCUACCAAGGCAAGCAAGGACUGGGGCCCGGCGCUGGCAGAGCACCGCAGCGGGCGCUACGCCCCGGCGUUCAGCCCCUCC